CCUUACAAGUAAACAUUCCAUGGCUAGUGCCCAGUACUCGUCGUUCCUGCUCACCGCCCUUCUCGCCUUCGUCGCCGGUGUCUCGGAGAUCAACUUCCUCUCUGACGUGGAGAUCACAUGGGGUCGGGGCAAAGCCCUCAACAGUGACAUCCUCCAGCUCACCCUUGACCGCGCCUCUGGCUCCGGAUUCCGCUCCCGGCAGGAGUUCCUCUUCGGCCGCUUCGACAUCCGCAUGAAGCUCGCCCCCGGAAACUCCGCCGGCACCGUCACCACCUUCUACUUGUCAUCGUUGGGGGGCACGCACGACGAGAUCGACCUAGAGUUUCUAGGGAACGUGAGCGGGCAGCCAUACGUGCUGCACACCAACGUGUAUGCGCGGGGGACCGGCGACCAGGAACAGCAGCUCUACCUCCGGUUCGAUCCCAAACUGGAUUUUCACACCUACUCUGUUCUGUGGAAUCCUCAAGAGAUUGUGAUUUAUGUGGAUGAGACGCCAAUCAGAGUGUUCCGGAACAACGAAUGCCUGGGGGUGCCAAACCCGAAGAGUCAGCCCAUGCGGGUGUACGCCAGCAUUUGGGACGGCGACGAUUGGGCCACGCGCGGUGGCCUCGAUAAGACCGAUUGGUCCAAGGCGCCCUUCAUCGCAACCUACCGCGAGCUCACUGCCGACGCCUGCCUCGUCGGCUCCUACGGCUGCUCCGCUAACCAUCGCGGGUGGCUGAAAAAUCAUAUCUUGCUUCUUAAUUCCAUGUCAAAAUUGGAUCUUUAUUUGGUUAUCCGAUCAUGUUGCUGUUUCUCAAAGAUCAUUUUUUAUGUUUAUGAUGUUCUUUUCCUUGUGUUCAUCCACUUGGAUUCUGCUACGGUGAAUAGUGGGGGACCAAGGGAUAGUAUGGGGAUAAUAGCAAGGCAUAGUGGUAAAAAGUCGAGGGGGAUGAUGGUCAAAGUUGAGGACUAUCGGUAG